UGUGCGUGCAUUUGACAAUUUUCUUAUCAGCUGGUGCGGAGUUGGGAAAACUCUAUUUUAUUUUUAUCCUCGUUAUGAAAACAGCGUAAUUCAGCAUCCGAGCGAUCACUAGUGAACCAGCAUUUGUGCCGAAAGCAGUGUUUCAGUGUGUCUUGUGGAAAACUCGGGGAAAAGCGUGUAAAAAUGGUGCUUUGUCAGUCAAUGUUGAGAAUCUCCCGGCUUGCAAGUUGUCCGGGAAGGGCUCUCCUGACCAAAGGUAAUUCUCCAGCUAUUAUUUCUGCCGCCACAAGGUGUUUCAGUUUGCAGACUGUGUGCCAGACAGAGAGGCGAUACACCGACAAACACGAAUGGGUAUCUGUGGAGGGGACAAUUGGCACCGUAGGGAUUUCACAUUAUGCCCAGGAGGCACUUGGGGACGUGGUGUAUGCCCAACUACCGGAUGUGGGAACAAAUCUCAGUCAGAAGGACGAAUGUGGUGCCCUGGAGAGUGUCAAGGCGGCCAGUGAGCUGUACUCACCCGUGUCCGGGAAGGUGACGGAGAAGAAUACCGCUGUCGAGGAUACGCCCAGUCUCAUCAAUACAUCAUGCUACGACAAAGGAUGGCUGUUCCGGUUGGAGCUGAGUAAGCCAGAUGAGAUUACGAAGCUAAUGGAUGAGAAACAGUAUGAGGAAUUCCUGAAAAACAGCGAUCAUUGAAACUAAAUGUGCUGGCAGGAUUUAGGAUGAUUAUCCCGAAAUUCUGUAAGGAACAGUUUUGCAUUAGAAAUUUGCACACUUAUCUAGUGCAAAAAUAUCUCUACUUUUUAUUGCUUUCACCCUACUUUUAAGACUUGAAAGGAUUGGCAUUUAAUCCAUCUUAAGGUCAGCUUUUACGGCUUGGCUAAAAUGUAAAGGAAAUCCAAAUGAGGAUGUGAGAAAAUUAGGAAAAUAAAAAUAAAAAAAACCUUUAAAAUGUGAA